AAAUACAAGCCACCCAAACCGUGACGUCACCCACCACCCCGCCAUCAUGUCCCACUCCAUCUUCGACGCUCUCCCAGGGGCUCAGGGGCACAGCAACAUGACCUUCCUGACUGACAUGAGUCAGUCGGAAGUGAGUGCCGCCCGGCCCCUCCCCAGCGUCACCCUCGAGGGCUCCAGCAGCCUGACAGUCCAACAGUUCCUAGAGUCCCCUGAUCUCAUCCAGAACACCAUCACCAUCGGGGGAGCGCCGCCCCCCACCUCCACCGCCACACCAUCCAGCCACCAGUGUUCCCAGAUCACCAACACUAUCAUCAGCGAGGGAGUCACGCUGGACGAGGAUGACUUGUUCCAGUGUGGUCGCUGUAAGAAACAGUUCUCCUCGCUGGACUUGUUCAUGGUGCACAAGCGCCACCAAUGCUCAGGGAAAAACAGCGGCCUGUGCACCAUACAGGCCCUGCAGGACCACACCACAGCCACGGGGGAACAGGCCACCUAUGAGGACGACAAAGCCACCCUCGCCAACCAGAUACAUAUGCAGGUUCAGCCCCAGCAAGUACCUGUCUCAGGGAGCUACAGCAGUUCUGGGCUCCCUUCACCUGGCGGCAUGAACCAGCACAUCAUUGUUAACGAGGGUGACCUGCUCCCCUUCACUAUAGAAACUACUCAGGUGUUACCACUGCCAGGCGGCCUCCAGACUGCCAACUUCCUGCCUGUGUCAGCGUCAAGCGGUGCCAAAACCCUCACCUCCACCGUGUCGCCGCUCCUCACCACCACCGCCAAUGUCACCGCCCCUCUUUGGAACUCCUUACAGGAUGUCUGCUCCACCCUGUCCUCCCCUCAGACCCUCAGCACCAUGGUUACCGGGGUGACGGAAGGCAGUGACAGUGGAGGUGGGGAGGGGGGAGAGGGAGCACCAACCCACAGAGAGCUGACAGGGGAGGAGAGGGACAUAGCUUGUUAUAAUCAUGAAUUCUUCCACGGUGGCAUGGCCAAGACGGUCCCCAGUAAAAACGAAGCCACAAAGUUGAAGGCAAAGCACAAAUGUAACUACUGCAGCAAGGAGUUCAGCAAGAAUUUUGACCUGCGGCAACACGUUCGUUCCCACACUGGUGAGAAACCGUUCCAGUGCAUCGUCUGUGGGCGUGCGUUCACCCAGAAGAGCAACGUGAAGAAGCACAUGGCCACGCACAAAGUUUGGCCCUCAGGCUCCCUCAGCGACACAUUGCCCAAGGACCCCAUCAUUAAGAAGCUUGUCAUGCCCUCCGACUCCCUGGAUGUGGACCCUCCAAUGGAGCAUACGGAAGAGGUUGUUGUGAAGGAGGAGGUCCUGGUGGAUGACUCCUACAAGUGCCAGUUCUGUGAGGACUACUCUGUACAAAGCUACGUCAAGCUGCGCACACACAUGAAGACCCACGCCAACCAAAAGGUGUACAAGUGUAUCCAGAAGAACUGUGAGUUGGCCUUUGCUGACCAAGACUCCUUCCUGGAGCACAUCCACACCCACGACCAGGACCGAGACCUCCAGUACCGCUGCCACUUCUGCUCCAAAGUGUUCAACGCCUUGGACAAGCUGAGCCUCCACCAGCACGAGCAGCACUCCACCUACCCUCAGGCCAAGAAGACUGUGGGGCCGAGUUACUUCCGGUGUACAAAAUGCAUGAACAAGUAUGCAAGUGCGGAGGCCUUGGAGCACCACCUGCGCACCUCCUCUCACCACUACCCUUGCAAGCAGUGUGGCAAAGUGUUCACCUCGGAGCGGCUACUGCGGCGACACUUGCACAUCCACGGCACUGUCAACCUCUUCCCUUGCAGUGAAUGCUCCAAGGAAUUCAAGUCCGAGUAUUCCCUUAAGCUCCACCAGCUGAUCCACACGGGGGAGAAGCCGUUUGACUGCCCCCUCUGCCAGACCGCCUUCAACCGUAGGGACAAGCUCAAGCGGCACAUGCUGAUACACGAGCCAAAAAAGUUCCAGUGUCCCUUCGGCUGCCUUAAGGAAUUCAGCCGACCAGAUAAACUCCGUCUCCAUAUGAUGACCCACGUUGGGGGGCGGGGCAAGCGGGGCCGAGGGCGGGGCCGAGGCUCCGCCUCAUCUGGGCGAGGGGAGAGGAACAAGGCGGAGGCCACAGCGCAAGAAGAAGUGAGGUGCUCCUCCUGUGAUCAGGUUGUGGAGUCGGCUGAGGAGGACAGCCACCAGUGUGUGGUGUUGAAGAGUGAUCCAAGCAGGGAGAGUGCGAGUGAGGAGGGGGAGGAGCACGGCAUGAUGGGCAGCUCAGGGCGGGCCAGGCCUCUGAGGCAGGCUGUGGUGAGGCGCGCCCGGGAGCUGCCCAUCAUGCGGCGGAACGGCCGGAGGAAACGGGGAGGGCUGACUAACUCCAGGCAGACAGACCAUCAGCAGCCUGAACAGCAGGAUGACAGCCCCCACAUACACCAUGAGCAGGAGCAGGUGGAACAGGAGCACAUGGAGGAGGAUAUGGUGAAGGAGUCCCUGGCCUCAGCUCAGGAGGUGCAGGAGCACAUGUUGAGCUUGUCAGUUGGCGAAGAGAUGAAGGAAAACACUCAUGAGGUGGAGAUAGUGAAGCAAUCUCACUCCCCAGAUGAGGUGGAGGUGGAGGAGCAUCUGCUGGACCUGCCAGUGGGGGAGGCUGACAUGGAGGGAGACACCCAGAAUGUGGAGAUAAUCUACAUCCCCUUCUCCCUCCCCUUAUCCCGACCCUUUCAGGCUGAGAUCAUGAGAGCCAUGUCAAGUGAAGAUGACACCACCACCAUCUCUGGGGAGAUGCUGGAGGGGGGCCCCACGAUCACCCUGGAUGGUACCACAUCCUCUCUGCUGGUGGGCAAUGGCACCAUGAUGCCUCUGGUAGGUCCCAAUACUGUUGACUCCCUGGAAACCACCAUACUGAAGAGUUCUUCAGAUCUACAGGUGAUUUACAGCUCUGCCACGGCCCAGCAAGCCGGGGACAGCACAACACAGCUGGUGGAUGCGUCUGCACUCACCAACAGCCACCUGCAUGAUGGUCAGCUGGGGCAUGAGGCCACCCUGGAGGAGUCUCAGCUUGCCUCCAACCACCUCACACACCUCAGCAUCAUCCCUAACCAGACUUGAUAUGACGUGCAGUAGAUAGGCAAAACAUUUCUUAUUGACCUCUUACAAUCUUAGUGUAAUGCAAUGGUAAUGAUGCAGUGGGGUACUCUACAACGUCACUGAUUUGUUCUAAAAGGCGUAAUGUUAUUCAUAACAUUGUAGGAACUGAAGUUAUUAUGGAGAAAAUUUAAUCUAAACCUGUCCAUUCCUAACGCCUCUGUGGUCUUGUGGUCAGCGUGCCUGACUACUACUCCACGUGCCCAGGAUUGAAUCCUGGCCUAGACAGUCAACCUACAGCUCGCCCAGCUGUACAUCCUCCCUUUCGGGCUGGUCAAUACAUGGAUACCUGGGGAAACUUCGGGAAGGUAAACUGUGGCAGUACCGGAUUUCACACUGGCUCGUAUUCUGGGGUAACUGGGUCUUACCUACCACAGGCUCAAAUUGUUAAUGGAUUGGAGAUAAACACCACAGCCAUGCACAGCUAUAGCAUAUGCACCCACCUUUACCUUAUAUCUAUCCUAAAAAGAAAAAAAAUACUUUGGAAUGAUUUGAAUAAAUUUCCUUCUUCAUCUGUGGCAUAAUUGCCUUGUAUUCUUCUGGCUAGGCAUGAUGAGUUAAAAGGCUUCUGUUUUCUGUUCAGUUGAUAAGUGCUGCGAAUGGCAAGAAUAACAUGAUAACCAUGGGUCAUCACAAGAAAUUCUUGGCGUCUAGUUGAACAAUGAGGACAGUGUUGGAAAAUGUGUUGUAAUUGCUGAGCUGCGGGGGUGCAUGAAAUGAGCUUUGACUUAGGUGGGAGGCAAGAGGUUCAAAUCUUGCAUGGGUGGCAUAUGAGAGGAGGGUGAGAGAGAAAGAGAAAGGGCAAGAGAGUGAGCCGUGCAAGUACCGGGUGUAGGGAGAGAGUGAUAGUUGUGCUUGCGUGUUGGUGCUUGGGUUUCGUAACAUUCUACAAACCUUGAUUUUUGCCCUGCAAGGUGUCGUACUAUGAAUUUGACAGUGUGCCAUAAGAACGUUAUAAAGGACCCCACUGUGAUUUAAAUACUGCUAUUAUUAUUGUUCUUGCAUUUUUAAGUGUACCUCAAUAGGACAAUCACAUCCAUUAUGUCAUCAACCCUGUUGCAGGCACACUGUUUGGGCAUGUUUUGAGCAUCAGGGAGAGGAAACCAGCUGCCUUGUGGUAAUUGUCUACACUUAAUCUGCUAGUAACACUGUUGACCUUUAAAGCAUACCAUAUGCUACUAGUAAGAAAUGCUGUUGAUAUUUCUCUAUUUCAUGAUGUAUACUUUUCUUAGUAUUCAAAGGUCUAUAGUAGAUUGGGUGAUUUGGGUAUUGUGUGACACCCCUGGAUUAUUCAGGUAAAUUGAAAGAAAUUUCAAUAUGCUAAGACAGAGAAGUCCUAAACAAUGAGUUCAUUGGCAUGGACUUGUAAUGUUGAUUGAGGCAACUUGAUGAAGCAGAGCUCUGUCAGUGCAACUUGCCAGAUCAAUUCAAAUAUCAUGAUGCAGACUUAGCAGCACAUUGAACAUACAAGUCUGUGUGUGACAUUCAUGAUCAAUGUACCAGCCUCUUCAAAUUUUUGUUCUUUGUGAUCCACAAAAACAAUACUACACAGGUAUCUUAGCUGGCCAUCCAGCAGCCUCGCUACAUGAGAGUCUCGCCACAAUACCUUGCUGGCUGGAUUGGCCCUCUGUUCCUAAUACUCUGGCUGCAUGAACUGGCCUGCCACUUCAUUCAUGUUUGAAAACCUCUACUGGAGUACUGGGCUACUCAGUAACAACAUAAUAUUUUAGCAAAGUGUUUUUAUAAGUGACACAUGACACAUAGGAAUUAAGGAGCAUUUGUACAUGACUUGCUCACAGUUGGACUUUUUUCAAUGGUAUAUCAGUUUUGUGCAUAGGCAGACUUGGGGAAAGAAUGAUCUUUAACAUAAUUACAGAUAUGAGAUUGCUUGACUUUGCAAUAUCCAAGUACGUACAUCUUCCAUGAGUAGCUGGAGGACUUAUGCUUCACACUGCAUGGUGAUGACUGAAGCAAGAAUACUUGCCAAGCUCAAAGUGUGUGUGUGUUGUCUCCUCCUGGGAGGAAGGGUUGCCCCACCCCCUGAUGGGGAGUGAGAGGAACAAGACAGUGCUUGGGAUCUCCAGUCACCAGUACAAACUCCAUAAUCAAAUUAGUUCCUUUUAUAUCAUCUUCCUCUUAUUUGCUAAUUUCAAUUUGUACAUAAACUUGGUAAUCAAAUGUUUCAUGUAUAAUCAUCACCUUAGUUCGUUGAUUUCACUUUGUACAUACUAUAUCUGUGGAUGUCAUUAUCUGCUUAUUAGCGAGUUUCAUUAUACUAGUCACCAAAGGGGUCGUAGCAACACCUGUGUUUGUGCUGCAGGACGUGUGUCGCAGCAACAACUAACUGUAGAGGCAAUUAAGUUCUGUGAUAAGUAAAUUACUGAUUAGUUAAAAUGUACUUUUACUUUUUAUUAUUUCAAACAAAAUUGUUCACACUUUCUUUUUUGAAGAAGACAAUACAUGUAAUUUUUUUAAAUUUUAAAGGGACACUUAUGAGGCUCUUGUCCUCAUUUUUUUUUUCUACUUUUAAUAAUAUGAUUAUAAUUUUUUGUGAAAUAAUGACAUGAAUUUUAUUUCUAAUUAAAAAAGUUUAUUGGCCUUUUAUCAUUGAAUUGUUUUCAGUAAAAUAGAAGUAAUUCAUUGUGCAAGGUUUGUGUGUGCGAUGUCUCGACAAUCUGUAGCAGAAGUGAUACGCUACCUGGCACUUGUCACAUCAUUUGGCUGAACAGUGAGGUGGAGUGUUGUCAAACCAUCAGCUGGGGUUGAAGGCAAGAGGUGUGCUUAUAGGAGCCUUAACCCCUUGUCUUGUACCCCAGCCCUCAACUCAGCUAAUUUUGCAUUGUUUAGCACCUAUUUCCCCUUUCCUUACUGUCCACUCCUUUCUCUAUCUCUUAGACAUAAUUUACUAGCUCAACAUUCCUUCUCUUCAUCUGAGUAUAACUUAGACAUUACAGUUCAUAGUUCUUGUCACCCAGUGCUAAGAUAUAAACACAACCCAAGCCUUCCCCAGGACUCCAUUAUCCAAUGUGAAGCAUAUACAACAACAGCAUCAAGGGACCAUAACUACCUGCAGUGUACCUGAAUAAUAACAAAGAAUAGCUAUAAUAGAUGUGUAAGAUUGUAUGUAGGCAAGACUGGUAACAAGGCUUAUGGACGCUCAAAUUGUUCACCCCGGCAUGUGUGUUCAUCUGUGUCGUGCGGCAAUGAGGUGUGUGAGGGUGCCGGGCCUUAGUCUUGUACUUCUCGAGUCAGAUGCCAGUCAGUCUUGCGUUUGUAAGUGUGCAAGGAUGUGAGGUCUCUAGAGUCAUGUCAUUAGUCUUGCAUAAAUAAAGUGCGAGGUCAUGUCUCUCUUGGGGAAGUAAAGUGUAUGGGUAUGAGGUCUGGAGGUAUACAUGUCAUCACUUGUGCAGAAGUAAUGUGUAGAGAUGCAAGGUCUCGAAUCAUGUCACACUCGUCACAUCAUAAGAACAAUGAAGCUUCAUCACGCGAGUUCCUUGGGUGAAAAUAUGUCUUUUCUGGAACGUAUACAUAUAGAUCUUCCCUUCCUUAUUUUCUUAAUUUUCCUUCCUUCCUCCAUCAUAUCUGUUCGCCAUGCAAACUGAAAUAACUCCUCAGGAUCUCUCACUCUUUUCCAGAAUGUAUAAUUAUAAGUUUGCCUUCCUUCCCUUGACCUCUGUUCUCUGUAUAAAUGAAAUAGAAAGACGCUGGAGAGGAGCGGCCAGACAGACUGCUCGUGUGGUACAAAUAUUUCUUAAUAAACUUUGAAUAUACA